UUCUUUGAUAUCUCUACAUUAUUAGUAGAAACAUUAGAAAUCAGAAACAUGGCUUUAAGUGGAAAAGUGUUCACUGAAAUAGAGAUUAGAGCACUUCCUGCUAAGGUCUAUAAUAUUUUCAGGAAGCAACUUAAAAAAAUUCCUGAUAUCUCCCCAGAUCAAGUACAGGGAGCUAGAUUGCAUGAAGGUGGCUGGGAAAAUGUUGGUUCUGUCAUUCACUGGGAAUAUACAAUAGAUGAAAAUGAAGAAAGUGCUAAAGUUAAAAUUGAGACUAUAGAUGAUGAGAAUAAGGUAAUCACAUUUAGCCUCUUUGAUGGAAAUGUGAGUGAGAGUUACAAGAGUUUCAAGGGAACAUUGCAAGUGUUUGAUUGCGAAUUAGAUAUUAACGAAUAUGGUUCACUUGUUAGAUGGACUUUUGAGUAUGAGAAAGUAAAGGAGGAUAUUAUAGGUGCAUGUCCUGAUUUAUACUUGGACCUUGUUGCAGAGGUCACAAAAGAUAUUGAUUAUCAUCUUGAAUUGGAAUUGGAGCAAGAUGAACAAAGAUGAAGAUAAAGUGUGGUUGGAUAAAGAGUUAUUGUUUAUCAAAACGUUUUUGUGAUUGUGGGUGCAUUUUUUUAUGGCCAAAAGUUAUUUGAAUUCGUUUUUCUAAAUAAUUUGUUCUUGACUUACGGUCAUUAGGAAAAUCAUUUGGUUUGUUGUGAUGGAUGAGUUUGAUUGCCUAAGUGAACUUCUAUUUUUGUCUCUAAUGUUGACAAAAUAUAUAUUUCAUAUUAGUUUUCCAUUUUCAUUAAGGAAAACAUGAAAAAAGAUAAAGGUUGUUGAUAUAUGUUUUGUUGGGGUGAGGUAUAUGCUACAUUUUGAGAUUUAAAAAUCUUUCCUAAGUUAACCACUAUUUGUAAGAAA